AUGCUUCACCGAACUGUCUAUUUGGCUCUUUUGGCCCUCAUCGUCGUCUCGGCCACGGCCUCGGCCAUCAGUCUUGAGCAAGCCGACGGCCGAAUGAAGAUGUGCCCUCCCGGGGGCUCUACCUUCACCAUGGCCUGGAGCAUGUCGUGCUCGAUGCGCCGGAAACGCGACGUCUCCGCCGAUGACUACUACGGAGGCAUUGCCAAACGCGCCCUGAUCGCUCCAUCGAUCCGUCAGCUCCAAACAAUCUGCUGCCAGGUCGGCUGUAAUGUGGAGGACCUCCUCGCCUACUGUGCACCAAUCUAG